AUGGAAAAACAAGGCUUCCCCGACAGCCCCGAUAGCCCCGACAGCGGCGCAAACGGAGGCAAGACGAAGCAUGCUCAAGACCAAACUGGCGAUGCGGAUUCACCGCAGAAAUCAUCGCCAACCACCGCUUCUACACCCACGCCCGCUCCUCCCCUGCCACAGACCCGGAGCCUCCCCCAAUGGCUCGACCACUUCAACCGCCGCGACCUGACCACCACCCUGCGCUGCACCAUCGCCGUCUGGGUCGCCUCGCUUCUCAUGGUCAUCCACCCAAGCCUCGUGCGCCUCGGCCAGACCACCUUUCUCGCCACCGUCGUCAUCUACAUCAUCCCGCCCGCCGGUAACCUCCUCGUCGUCAUCAUCGGCUACCUGUCCCUGCUCUUCGGCAUGUGCCUGGCCUGGGCCUGGGGUCUCGCCACCAUGAAAGCUGCCCAGGCCGUCCGGUCUCCAGCCGAGCUCAACGCCCGCCUCCAGGCCCUCCAGCAGCAGGUCGCUGCCACUGCCCAGGCUACGGGGAACAACAACACGGCCGCGAUCGCUACUGUCCUCAUACACGACGGCUUCAUGCUCGAUACCCGUGUCACCACCAUCUACUUCGUCAUGGUCUGCGUCUUUGUCUACUUCAUCAGCCGCCUUCGCUACACCUUCAACCUCACCGUCCUCACCCAGCUCUUUGGCAUCAUCGCCAUCGACAUCUUCCUCGUCAUCGGCCCGACGCUCACUCGCUGGACCCCUCUCCUGCCCGAGGUUGUCGUCCUGCCCGCCGCCUGUGGCUGCGGCAUUGGCAUCGCCUGCGCUCUCUUCAUCCUACCCCAGUCCACCAGCCAAGUUGCCAUUGGCCAGAUUGAAGAUUUACUCAUCAUGCUCAACCACCCGAUUCAGACUGGUCGCCAGUUUGUGGCUGGUUCUCUCGAUUUUGACAUUAACCAGCUCAAAAGGACCAAGCGACGUGCCAUCACCUUGUACUCACAGCUCCAACCCAAUAUAGCCUUUCUCCCCUUGGACGUAUCCCGCGGGCAGUGGAGCUCUGACGAUGUCAAGUCCGUCUACUCUAGCUUUCAGGGCGUCUUGGCCAAUACGUUUGGCCUGCUCGAUUUCCAAAUCGCUCGCGUCACGAGCCAAGACAAGAUUGGCAGGCUUCGGGAGAUGCUCAACCCGCCUCAGACGGCGGCGUCGUCCGAUGACAAGGAAACCAAACCCCGUGACCCCCGCCGCACCAAGAUUCUCCAGAAUCCUGACUUUAUCAACGCCCUCAUUGCUCCAGGCACGAUUGUGGGUUCUGACGAAAUGCGCACUGCCUUGCACCACAGCUCCGAGGCCGUCCUGGACGCCACCGCGGACGCUAUUAGCCAUACCGUAGAGGCCCUGAGACUUGUCAACAUGAAUCGCUGGUUUGUUUCCAAAAGUGCGCGUGCUAGGCUUCCGCAGGCUGCCAUAGCAGUCAGAGACAUCGGCGCCAGACUCGCCCGCGCCCGCGAGGCUUGCAUUGCCGAUGCUACCAGGGCUGCGAUCGAUAUUCAUGGCAAUUUGUUUGACGAAGGCGGCCUUUUCAAAGCUGAGAUGAAAGAUGAGGCCAACAGAGUUGCUGGUCUCGUGAUUGCCUUUGUCAUUGAAGAGCAUAUUAUUGCGACGGCAGCCGCCUACGAAAAGCUGACCGCAGAGGUAGCCCGGCUACUGGAAACGCGGACCACCAAUCAAUUCUGGGGCCCUUUGAGGCGGCGUUUCAAGCCAAGCCCCGACGAGGGAUCUAAUGUCCGGGCCAUGUCUGGUCAGACCGUCAUCGACCCGGACAGAAUCCAAAGACAGACUAGGGAGGCUGAGAGGCGCAUUAAAGUCGUGUCCAAAGGGCAGGGUAUCCCCAAGGAGCGCGGGAACCCAAUUGCUAGAGCCAUCGCUGCCAUCUCCGGUUGGCUGACUUCCCCGGGCAGUCUCUACGCGCUGCGCGUUGUCGCCGUUACAGUUGCCACUGGCAUUCCUGCUGUCAUUCCCAGUUCCGCCGGCUUCUACUACCGUGAGAAGGGAAUAUGGACUCUCGUUACGGCACAGACCUGCAUUCUCAUGUACAUGUCUGACUUUACCUUUUCUAUCAUGACUCGCGCCGUCGCAACGGUCUUUGGUGGUGUCACCGGACUGGCUAUUUGGUAUAUAUGCGCGGGCACUGGCGCGGGUAAUCCAUACGGUCUGGCCGCCGCUCUGCCCUUUGGCAUUGUCCUCUUCAUUUGGGCCAGGCUUUGGCUCCCACAGGCUUACCUACAGGGCACCGGACUCGGCGCGUCCACCUUUGCGCUGGUUAUUGGUUAUAGCUGGGACAUGCACCACCUCACUGUUUACGGCCUGCCUGGACUUGGAUAUGAGACCUUCUGGAAACGCUUGGUCACUGUCCUCAUUGGAUUUGCGGCUGCCUUGAUUGUGCAGAUGCUGCCCAAACCUCCUUCGGGGACGCGCCACGUUGCAAAGACGCUCGCCAACAGCCUGCAUCAGAUCAGCGACCACUACGCGCUUCUCAUCUCCCACUGGGGCAGCGGCUCCGCUGUGGGUGAGGAAUACAGCGGCGUGAGACACGUCAUCACCUCGACCGGCCUUGGUCUUGGGCAGUCGCUCUCUGCGCUCAACGACCCCAUUGCCAUGCUCAAGUUCGAGACGACCAUGUCGCCCUUUGACAAGACCAGUCUGCGCAGAGUCCAGGAGCUUCUGAUGUUGAUGAAUCAGUCCCUCACAAAGGUGAUGCUGGCGGGCACUACCCUUCCCGUUGAGUACCAGCAGCGGCUGAUCAAGACGUCUGGCAUCGCCGACGAGGCGUGCAUCAGCAACAUCAUGUCGGUUCUGGUCCUUGCGAAGCAAUCGCUGCGUAGUGGCGGCCCGUUACCGGAACGCCUUCCUACGCCGCUCAUCGCUACGUGCUACGGCGACUUUUGUGCCAAGCAUGGCUUCGUAGAGCUGCGCCGCGAGUACAUGGAGAGCGAGGAGUUUCGCGGCUACUGCGUCGCGCUUUCAGCGUAUCUCACGUUCCUGCAUGCUGCGGAUGAGCUCAUCGUCCUGCUCAAGGGAACUGUUGGAGAGAGCCACAUUGUGCACGACUGGAGCGAGCUUUCCGAGACGGUGUAA